AUGGCGUCGUACGGACAGCACCACAUGGCAUCCCGUGCGGCGGCUCCCCGACAGUCGCAGCACCACCAUCAUCAUGGAGGGCACGGGGCAUCGGUACCGGGCAUCUCAGGGCCGCCAGCACCGGCGGGGACUUUCCAGCCGGGGACCAAGAUCCAGGUCGGCAGCCACCGAGUCGUCAUUGUAAAGUACCUCUCCGAGGGCGGCUUCGCGCACGUGUACGUGGUCAAGAUGCCGCAGCCGGUCAACGGGACGGACCAGGCCGUGCUCAAGCGGGUCGCCGUGCCGGACAAGGAGGCCCUGAAGGGUAUGAGGACCGAGGUCGAGACGAUGAAGCGUCUCAAGGGCCACCGCAUGAUCGUCACGUACAUCGACUCGCACGCGUCCGAGAUGCGCGGCGGCGGCUACGAGGUCUUCCUGCUCAUGGAGUUCUGCAGCGGCGGUGGGCUCAUCGACCUCAUGAACACGCGUCUGCAGCACCGCCUCACCGAACCCGAGAUCCUCGACAUCUUCUGCGAUAUUGCCGAGGGCGUCGCCUGCAUGCACUACCUCAAGCCGCCCCUGCUGCACAGGGACCUCAAGAUCGAAAACGUCCUCAUCACCAGCCGCGGUGGCUCCUCCUCGUCCGCAUCGCACAAGCGCUUCAAGCUCUGCGACUUUGGAUCCUCGGCCCCCCCGACUCCGGCCCCCACCUCGGUCACCGAGUGCCGCCUCAUGGACGAGGAUGUCCAGAAGCACACCACUCUCCAGUACAGGAGCCCCGAGAUGGUCGACGUCUACCGCAAGCAGCCCCUCAACGAGAAGGCCGACAUCUGGGCCCUCGGCGUCUUCCUGUACAAGCUCUGCUACUAUACUACCCCCUUUGAGGACCAGGGCCAGCUUGCCAUCCUCAACGCCAGCUACCGGUUUCCGAGCGCGCCACUCUUCUCCGACAGGCUAAAGAGGCUUAUUGCCUCCAUGCUCAAGGAGAACCCCGGUGAGCGACCAAACAUCUACCAGGUCGUCAAGGAGGCCUGCACCAUGCACGGACGCGAGGUGCCGAUCCGCGAUAUCUACUCGGGUACCUCCAGCUCCGGCCCGGGCAGCUCGGGCCAAGCAUCGAACCCGACACAGAAAGCCCCGGCCCCGGCCCCGGCCCCGGUCGGCGCUGUCCUCUCGCGGCCGGUCGAGGAGAAGGAGACGAUUCCUGAUGUCACGCCCAUGCGCCGAGGCCGUCCCGCACCAUCACCAGUCCGCCCCCCGGUGGCGUCGCCAGCCCCCCGGCCCGUGUCGCUGCAGCAGGCCCCGCCCAAGGCCUCUGGGCUCCCCUCAUCCAAGCCGUCUGGCGGUGAUCCGUUUGCGGCUCUGGACUCGAAGGCAUCUGCUCUGGGAAGCACCAACCCCGACGAGUUCUCGUCGCGGUUCCCCUCACUUGACCAGUUCUCACUCCUCCACGACCAGGGCUCCAAAUUUGAGUUUGAUGCCACCACGCCCACCUCGGCCACUCAGCCGAACAAGGACGCUGACGGCUCUGCCUACCGCAUGGCAGAAGAGGCGUUUGUCUCCAGCAAGAGCCCCCCCAUUGGACCCGCAGGCCCGCGCCCCCAGUCCGUCGCGCCCGCGGCUGCACAGUCUGCAGCCAAGGUUGUGCCCGGCCACGUCGAAGCGCUCCCGAAGACCGCGUCCGGACCAGCCAAGGCUGGCGUUAGCCGGGCGCAGUCCAUCAUCAGCAGCAACCCCGAUCUUCAGAACAUCUCGUCCCAGAAGCUGUCCAACUAUGUGUCUACCGGCACGUCGACUUCCGACCUCCCGUUCGACCCCGUCGGGAAAGUCUCGCACCGCCUCAGCCAGAUCCAGGCUUCUGGGCCCCACCGCAUGUCAGAGCAGCCGGUCCCGGGCGGGAAGCAGGAGCAGCAGUCGGCGGAUGCGCCCCCUCCCAGCGUCAGCGCGCGCGUUUCCUCAUUCGAGGCCCCUCCGGCCAUGGGCACGAGGUCCUCGUCGGCUUCCCGCAUGCAGAAGCUCGAGGAGGAUCUGCUGGAUAUCGCACCCACCCGGAGCGCCAGGCCACGGCCGCACAGCACCAUCCUCGAAACGACGUCGACCGUGGACUACCUGCGUGAGAGGGAGGCCAUGUCCAGGCCUCAGAGCCGACUGGCGGCCCCCCGCGACGCACCAUCCCCGCUGCCCUGGGCUAACCUGGCAUCCACGGACAACACCCCCCCGGCCGGGGAGCCGACGAAGCUCGACCUGUUGAGCGGACCCGAGGAGCCUCGCCCGGCGGAGUCGUCGGACAGCACGGGAGUGAGUCGCCAGGCACCCAGCUCGUCGUCGACACCACCGACGAGAAACACCGCGUCCGGCACAUUCGGCGACGCCUUCAAGCGCUUCGAGGGCGGCGGCGGCUCCGCUCCCCAAGCCAGGUCGCCGUCGCCUCUGAAGCAGGACACGCCGACGAGCGAACCGGGAGCGGCAGCCGUCACGUUGGAGGUGCGUGGCAAUGCCGUGCCCGAGGACCCGGAAGACAUGACGCCAGAAAUGAGGCGCGAGAUGGAGCGGCUGAUGCUGCAAGAGGAGGAGGAGCGCGUGGAGGCGGCGCAGGCCGAGUACCGCAAGCGCGUGGCAGCGGGAGGGGGAGGGGGCGGCCCGCCAGGACCGGCGCUGGGCGGUGCCCGCAACACCACCGGGGGAGGGGCACCUCAGCGCUCGGCGAGCAUCCAGAGCCGCGUGCAAGGUCUCUUGGCGGAGCGGCAGUCACCUGCCCAGAUCCCCAGGACGGCGCAGGGCUACGGCAAGUACUCUGACGCAACUGCGUCCGCCUCGGCGCAAGACAAGGACAAGCCUCUGCCCGCCGUCCCGCGGAAGCCCCUGGGCGGCGGCGGCGGUGCGGGUGCGGGUGCUGGUGCUGGUGCUGGUGCUGGUGCUGGUCAGACGGCCCCCCGGUCUCUGCCACCGAAACCGUCGGCGGCGGCAGGGAAGCCCGUCGCACCUAAGAAGCCCGUCCACCUGAACAGCAUCCCCACGGGGACGGGCAGCAACAUCAGCACCGACCGCCCCGCAUCCCCUCCCAAGAGGAGCCAACCUGCUGCGCAGGAGCAGCUCAUCGCCGUGGACCUGCCGGGCCAGCCGACGCUGGAUAUGACGGCCGCGGAGAGGGAUAGCUACCUCGAGGAAUUCUCUCAUCGGUUUCCCAGCCUGAGCAGUAUCGAAGAUGGGGCGUCGAGGUCUUGA